UGGGUGUGUCAGUGUGUCUUAGGUUUGCAGGUGGGCCAGCUGAAGGAGCUCAUUUGCACACUGGCUUUAGAGGGAAUUGAACUCUCACACAUCCUCGGCGAGAGCAGGCAUCCUUAGGAAGCCAGUGAAGAAGCCAGUCACUUGGGGGGGACAGACCACAUACAGCCGCCAAGAUGUGUGACAUGGGGGGACUGGAUAACCUGGUGGCCAACACGGCCUACCUGAAGGCCCAGGGGGGAGACGACAAGGAAAUGAAGAAGCGCCGUCGCAGCUUGUCUCUCCCCAAACCAGAGCAAUGCGUUGCCCUGCGAGGGUCCAUCGAAAAGGACUUCACGCUACUCUGCGAAAGGCAGCCUAUAGGGAAACGGUUGUUUCGCGACUUUCUGGCGAACACCCCUGAGUUUAAGCUCGCAGCCGAGUUCUUGGAUGAGUUGUACGACUGGGAUCUGGCGGAGGGCGCAGCAAAAGACAAAGCGCGCCAGAACAUCAUCAACAAAUACUGCAAACCAGAUUCCAAGACUUUUCUCACUUUUCUAGCUGGGGAACCUGCCGAGAAAUGCAAGUCUGUCACGGACGCCACCUUUGAAGAGGUGAUGAAGAACAAGGUCCAGGAGGGCGUGAGAGAGUUCCUGAAGGGCAAACCUUUCACAGAGUACCAGGGAAGCCCAUACUUUGAUAAAUUUCUCCAGUGGAAAGAGUAUGAGAAGCAGCCCAUCAGCGACAAAUAUUUCUAUGAGUUUAGGACUCUGGGAAAAGGAGGCUUUGGAGAGGUAUGUGCUGUGCAGGUCAAGAACACAGGCCAGAUGUACGCCUGCAAAAAGUUGUGUAAGAAACGGCUGAAGAAGAAGGGCGGUGAGAAGAUGGCCCUCCUGGAGAAGCAGAUCUUGGAGAAGGUUAACAGCCUCUUUCUGGUCAACUUGGCCUACGCUUAUGACACCAAGACCCACCUGUGCCUUGUCAUGACCCUGAUGAAUGGAGGAGACCUCAAGUACCACAUCUACAACAUCGGCUAUGAUGGCAAGGGAGUGGACAAAGGCAUCGAGAUGAAGCGUAUCAUCCACUACACAGCACAGAUCACCACAGGUAUCCUGCAUCUCCACGCUAUGGAUAUUAUAUAUCGAGACAUGAAGCCCGAGAACGUGCUGUUGGACAGCCAAGGCCAGUGUCGACUCUCGGAUUUGGGUCUGGCCAUAGAGCUGGCUCCAGGGAAGACUGUCACCCAGAUGGCUGGAACUGGAGCUUACAUGGCUCCUGAGAUCCUGAGCAAAACACCCUACAGGACGUCCGUGGACUGGUGGGCUCUGGGCUGCAGCAUCUACGAGAUGGUGGCGGGAUACACUCCUUUCAAAGGCCCGGAGAGCAAGAAGGAGAAAGUGGAGAAGGAGGAGGUGCAGCGGCGCAUUCUCAACGAGGAGCCAAAGUGGGAGCACAAGUGCUUUGAUGCUCCCACCAAGGACAUCAUCCAGCAGUUCCUCAAGAAGAAGCUAGAUGAACGCCUGGGCAUGAAGAACAACAUGGAAGAUCCAAGGAAACACGAGUGGUUCAAGACCAUCAAUUUCCCCCGGCUGGAGGCGGGGCUUGUGGAUCCUCCCUGGGUGCCCAAACCCAACGUGGUGUACGCCAAGGACACGGGCGACAUUGCAGAGUUCUCUGAGAUCAAAGGCAUCGAGUUUGACGCCAAGGACGACAAGUUCUUUAAGGAGUUCAGCACCGGCGCCGUCCCCAUCCAGUGGCAGCAGGAGAUGAUGGACACCGGACUGUUUGACGAGCUCAACGAUCCCAACAGGAAAGAGGGAGCAGGAGGCGGAGAUGACGAGAAGAAGUCCGGCACGUGUGCUCUGCUGUGAGCCAGCACGUGGUUGACAUCUACUCCGCCUCAUGCACAGCAACAUUGGUGUAAAAAAGGAUCCGGGAGGCCAGCGUGAGCAGCUCUGCUGAGAAAGACUCGCCCAUCGUUUGGAUGCUUCGUGUUUAGAGCUCAGCUGCUUGUGUGGUGAAUUUCAGUAAACAAAGAAAAGGAAGAGCUUCACUCAUCACUCCUGGUCCACAGCAUCUUCUGAAGACAUAUCUAAGUUUGUAGACAGGGAUUGACCAAAAGUGACUGCUAGAAAUUGAACAUUUUUGGAAGAAACUCUCCAAACUGCCAUCUGAAUUCCUCGUAGAAGACUUGUUUUAGCUUGUAGUGAAUGGGAGCUGUCCUCUGUCUUUUAUUCUGUGAUGUUUUCAUCCAGACAUCCAAUUUUUUUGAAACAGAAGUGCUUCUGCUCACGUUUGGCUGAAGUGUUUUAGAGUUCUGACCAAAUGCUGGGAUCAAAAGGUCAAAGUGAUAGCUGAUCCCAGCAUUUACAUCAAGGUGGCCAUCUGUCCACCUGGGCUGAUAGUUUUAUUAAAGCUUUACAUUCCAACUGUAAGUACUGUACAUACAGAAAUAUAUCCAUAUAUAUGUAUAUGAACAGAGAGAAAUGGAUACAUGUAAGUAAUGUUGACUGUAGUAUGAUCAAAUGAGAAAAGCAGCAGCUCUUCUGCUGCUGUGCAGCUCAACCCUGAGGACGGCCACAGUUCAGCCCCGGGAUGCUGGGCAGAGAGGAAACAGCCGUUCAGCGCUGCACCAGACGCAGGAACAUUUAGAGGACUUGGGCAACAAAAUCCUGUACCAGGAAUUCCCUGUCCGGCCCUGAACCACGAGAGAAUCUUUUUUAGAGAGAGAUGAGUGUGAAUAAGUCAAACUAGCCAGAAACAGGAAGCAGUUCCUCAGGUUGACUGAGCGGAGUCUAGAGACUCGGAGUAGUUGAAAGAAAAUGCUUGCUGUUCUUGUUUACUUGUCUCAGGUACAUAUUUGCUUAAGUUUUUAAACGGACAAGAGUUCAGUUUUUACGUGUACUAUGGGUAUAUUAUCAUAAACUUGUACAUAUAAAGGAAGAAAGCAUAGAAGUGUCAGAUCUGAAGAUGUGAUGAAAUUAAAAGCUGUCUUUU